AUCCUGGCCCGUAUGCAUGGUUUCCCGCAUCCAGCUGAUAUAACAGAUAUUGUACUUCGUGUAGUCGGUAUGACAGAUGAUGCGGAUAAUGGAGGGCAACGUCGGAGAAUUAGCGUCGGUGCAGCGAUGCUAGCUCCAACACGAAUUAUCAUUCUGGAUGAACCUACUGCUGGAAUUGAUCCCAAAGCUCGUCGUAAGAUUUGGGAGGCCUUAUCGAUCAUACGUGAUAGCUCUGAAACAGCUAUACUGCUAACAUCUCAUAGCAUGGACGAAUGUGAAGCGUUGUGCAGUCGAAUUGCGAUUCUGCACAGGGGCCGAAUAGUGGCGAUUGGGACCAGCCAAGAGCUAAAAUCGACAUUUGGAAAUAGCUACACAAUAUCGAUGGUCGCACCAGGAGUGGACACUCGUAAUGCUGUGAUUGACGCGGUGGAAGAAGCAUUCCCUGGAGCUGUCCUGAAAACUCCCAAAGGAAGCCUCACUCUCAGUUUGAAGUGGCAGAUUCCGAAGUCCGAGUCGGAUCGGUGGUCGUCGUUGUUUCGCGACGUCCAAACUCUGGCCACUUCACUGGGAGUUGUUGAUUUUUGUGUGACGCAAUUCUCGCUCGUAGAGGCCUUCCUGAGGCUUUCCCGGGACAGCGAAAUUGAUGACACCGAAAGCAGUUCAAGUCGAUGA